AUGUCCCGUGUUCUCGUAACAGGAGCCUCUGGUUUCCUUGCCAUGCAUGUUGUCAAACAACUACUCGAUUCAGGUGAAUACAUCGUACGAGGAACAGUGCGAAGUCUUGCAAACGAGAAAAAAGUCAAACCCUUGAACGAUCUGUCUCCAGAAGACGCAAAAUAUCCACUCGAAUUGGUCGAAGCAGAUCUUACAAAGAAAGAAACUUGGGUCGAGUGAGUAAUGUAGUCGCUAACUUAUACAACUAAGCAGUUCUUUAUAAUUUCCUGUCGUUUGUUUUAUGCCCUUUCCGUGCAGUUGAUACCCGUUUUUUUAUGUAGAUUAUUGUAAUAUUCAAUAUCCCACAUGAAAUCAAUCUUGAUUUAAUUUGCUGAGUCACACCACGCUAUAUUUUGUCGAUGAAAAUAACGGGUAAAAUUAGUAAAUUUUACUAGUCAAGUCUUCACAGGAAGUAUUUCAUAAAGUGUGAAAAAUGUGAAAUAACAACGAAAUGCAAGAGUUUUGUAAAAAUUCUACAUACAUAACCCCUGCUUUGGUUGUUUACAAAUUUUUAUAUGCCGUUCUUCCAUUCGUGCAGAAAAUUUAUGCUAAAUUUUGUAAUUACAAUGAAAUAUGAUAUAUUAGUGUACACAAAAGCCCGGCACAAAAGUUAAAAAACAACAUUUUCUUUGUUUUCGCUCUGAAAUCAAAACUAUAUAAGGCAAUAUGUGGUCAUAUAUGUAUAAAGAAAUAGAAAAAUUUUUUCUUGGUUCGAGGCAGUUAUGCAAACCCCAAGAGAAAGUCGGGGGCAGUUAUGCAAACCCUAGAGAAGGUCGGGAGUUUGCAUAACUUUCAAAAAUUAUCCCAGUGAAUUAGUUCUAUCAGGAGAUAAUGAGGGAUUCUCGGUUCCAUACAACAAAGGUAUCUCACGAGACAUGGCGGUAACCAGUAGGGAGACCGGGAGUUCAUGCAUGAGGUUUGUUACAAGAACAGGAAAGCCCCUGAGCACAUACUCUUACUAAACUAGCCUGCGUGUCAGGCAUUCAACAGGGAAGGGGAAAGGAAUUUAGGCUCACGAGCGCUGGCGGAGACAAGACAGGGGAAGAACGUGUUCCCCCCCUCCCCUCGCGCACCCUUUAUGUUUUUCGCCCGCCUGAAGUCCCCUUCCUCUUCCUUUCUCAAACGCCUGCCUCCCAGGCUAUUUCUAAACUAGUUCCAGAGAGAAAUGGUUUCCCUGCUUCCCAUUGGCUUGUCUCUUUGACCCACGAAGCCGUUGUCACGAAGUUUGGGGUGGAGACGGCAAGAGAACGGCUCGUUCUUCUCGGUGACGUCAUCUUGCGAAAGUGUAUUCCAGUUCAACUGGAACUCCAAGGGACUAGGAUACUGACUACGGUAAUAACAUUAAUUACAUUACUUCUAGAGCAAAAUGACUCACUUGAAAGGUCCCGACACUUUUGAUCUUCACUGUAGUCUUAUAGCGCCUUCCAGCUAUUUUAUACUGUGUAACUGAUCGUCUGUUCGUCACUGACAGGGCUGUUAAAGACUGUACAUAUGUCAUUCACGUGGCGUCGCCCUUCCCAGCGCAGAAUCCAAAAGAUGAGAUGGAAGUGAUAGGACCCGCGGUGGACGGAACAAAAAGCGUGCUUGAAGCUUGUGCCAAAACCAAGGGUGGAGUGAAAAGAGUUGUGCUUACAAGCUCCUGUGCUUCGAUUUAUUGUAAGAGUUGAUCUUCAUUUAGUCACCCAUAAAUAAUCCGUUUCCACUUUCCGGUGAACAGUGACACCAACUCAAGGCGCGGAUACAGUGAUUUGUACACAGGCGACCCAAGGGCCCGGCCUCGAGCUCCCUAUGAGAGCUCUGAGCAACUAUACCCCACUUUAGACCUACCUAAUUAAUUUUUCAUACGGCAACAAUUAUAAGACGUUAUAUGAGAGUUAUUCUUUGUCCUUAGUAAAUGAGCAAAAUAGAUUUCCUUUUUAAGUUUGCCUUAAACAUUUUCGUGUGUUCAUACGCUGAUCCGCCUGGGUACAUGGUUGAAAAACCGCCGCUGAAGAAAAAGGUAUUUAAAAGUGCCUAAGAGGCUUGAAACGCAGUGAGCACACAAAUUAAAUUACAUUUUUCCGCCGAAGCCUUAAAAUUGUGUGUACCGCCGGAGUACCCUGCGAGCAGUGGUUUCAAUUCUACUACAGGCAGAACUCUUGCUACGAAGCGCCUUCCAGUACCACGGGACGAAUAAAUUAACCAUGAACAGGUAAAACCUGUUUAAAAACAAGUUAAGGCUGUAAAUGAAUGUUGUUUGUUUCUAGCUGGUCGAGUCAGCGAAGACGGCCAUGUUUUUACCGAGGAGGACUGGUCCUCACUGGAGAACAGUCUCCCGUAUGAGAAGAGCAAGCACCUGGCCGAGAAAGCAGCAUGGGAACUGGUCAAGGAUUUACCAGGUUAAUUCGAACAUGUCUCUUGUAAACUCUCUUUGUAAGACAAAAGCUAACCUGCGUGCGAAUUCUCUUGUUGGGCAGCAAGCGACGAAUAAGCCCUGAAUCUUUAUUUCGAGAGUUCUGCUAGUGCGUUGGUCCUUGCGCGAAAACCAACACGAAACCUGAAAAAAAAAAAAAAAAAACUAGUUAGAUUGCUCUUUUUUUGACAAGUAUAAUUCCUCAUUCUUUCUGCACUGGAGAUCUGUACAGUACGGUAAAUGACCCCCGACCGCAAAAAUGGUCCUUUUUGUCUUUUUAUAAGCAAAAAAGACGCUAGGAAAAAUUACAGAUACCUCCCAGCUUUUACCUUGCUCUCAACUGACCCGCUCAUUGUUGUUUUCAGAUGAUGAAAAGUUCGAGUUGUGUACCAUCAAUCCCGGACUGAUUCUUGGACCAAUAUUGCAUGGCUCGAAUUGCACUAGUAUGGAGGUACGUAUCAUUUUUUACCCCCCCCGCCCCUGUUAAAAUUCUGUUACAGUACUGUUAACACGAGUCCCUACAAAUUUUUGCCAGUGUCAGCAACCACGUCAGCAUUGGAGUGGCAUUUUUUUACCAAAGACGCGUAACAAGGCUCCAGGCCUUUACCGCGGAAAUUGUGCAAAAACUUACAUGGUUCAGGUGUUAACACAAAUCUACUUAACAGUGAAACCAUACCUGUCCAAAAUUCUGACCUACUUCUGACCAGGAAAAAAACUUGCACAGUUUGCCGUUCAAGAAAAUUUGCACGGCUCCGCGGAUCCCGUGUAACGAAAGGCGGAUCCUUGCAAGCCAGUUUGAUCGUUCAAAGAUUUGUCCGAACCCGUGUAAACGAAGUUUCAGUCCUAUUACCAUUUUCUACUGAACCCGCCUGUAAUGGGUUCCUGUUGCCACUUGCAGUUUCACCGACUGUUGCUUGAACAUAAGAUGCCAAUGGUUCCAAAGCUGUCGAUGCCAAUAAGUGACGUCAGAGAUGUGGCCGCGGCACAUAUCACUGCUAUGACGUCACCCAAGGCGCCCGGUAAGUGACAACCUCGUUCCCAGGGUUCUCUCUCUUUCUUCCUAGCCCUGGGAACGAGGUUUAGUAAGUGUGACGGUAAGAGGUGAUGUCGGCAGUGUUAGGAAUCACUAAGUUGUCACCACUCAAAUAGGCGCGGUUUCCAAGAGCGGUUACAGGGUUCGUGCCAAGAGAGCAUGACGGUCUUUUUCCUCUCUUGGUUCGUGCGGGCCAUUGAAAACCUGUAAAAUCAAGAAAUUUAAGAAAUUCAUUUUCCACGACGAAAUUUAAUUGUCGGUCCUUGAAAGGUAUGGAAAAUUAAAGCUGUAUCUGGUAGAUUAGCAAGGGAAAUGUAAGACAGAGGCGAGUAAUCAAACAGCGCUAAAGGGACUCAUUUUGGUGACUGACCGGAGUGUGUCUGUUGAAAUUUGUUAGAAAAAAAUACCCUAAAACGAGGAAUGUUUCAGAACAUUUAAAGUGAACCUAACGUCAUGGAAAACUUGAAAAAGUCAUGGAAUUUCGAGAGAGCUCAAAAGAGUACGAACCGUGGUUUCAUCUGACCUCACUGAGAUGAAAUUAAGUUUAAACGAUUACGACGGCGACGGGGCUGGCGAAGGCAACGCACUGUGAAAACGCAAAAUGUUCAAUAAUGUUAUUCGUCUCUUGAAUAAGUCUUCUAAAACUCUGCUCCCACGUGCUUACACUUUUUGGUGCAUCUUUUUGUCGUCACUGCACGACUGCUACGUGAAAGGUCUUUAUGUAAAGUUCUGGGGACGAGUUUUCAUUGAAGGUGGUUUGGAUGUUAGCAGCGAGUCCCAGGCCCCUCUUUAUCUGCGACCAUCUCUCUUUCAAGUCAGUUUUCUGGGGUGUAAUGGAGAUGUUAACUGGAAAACUUACUUAAAAGGCUUCUAUGAGAUAACAGUUGAUAAAAUACGAUGCCCUUCUUUGGAUGAAAAUAGGCCAUUUCGUAGUUGCCUAAGCCUCCGUUUUAAAUUGAGACUUGUGCGAAGCCAUUGAUAUGAAUCAGUUACAGCAGUUAGAAGGAUUCCAGGUCUUAAACUAGGUAUACGAAAAAGGAAAUAUAGGAAAGGGGUACUUUUUCUCUCAAAAAUGGUAUAUUAAAGGGUAAGGGAUUGGACCUCGGAGCGGAGCCUCCACCAGUCCCCGUAUAAAACUUUGUGGACUACCCCCCAGGGGGAGGUCUCAGUAUCCUUACUGAGAUAAAGAUAUAUUCCUCUUUUAUUAGGCAACAGAUUCAUCGCAAUCACUGCUUGUAUUUGGGUAGUUGACUUAGCAAAGACUCUGAAUGAGGAAUUCCGACCUCUCGGUAAGUGAAAAUUAACGAUGACCAUAACACCGCCAUUUCCACGUUAUGUUACCGUAUUUAUUCGAUUAACCGCCCUGGGCGCUUAUUAAAUUUUUGGACCUUGAGAGUGGGCGCUUAUUCGAGAUGGGCGCUUAUUCGAGGCUGGGCGCUUAUUAAAUUUUCACCAUUUUCAGAAAGUGAAGUAUGUUUAUUUUGCAACAAAACAAUAAAUGCUAAUGACAAAACGCGAAGAAGUAACAAAGCAGGUUUCUGUAAAAUACUCUGAAGAAAACUCCGUCCUCUGGGAAGUCUCUUAUUAGAAUGUCUUCACUCAAGUGGGUGGGGUGGGGGUGAACGCUUAUUUGAGUUUGAUUGAGAAGGGGAGGGGUGGGCGCUUAUUCGAGGCUGGGCGCUUAUUAACUUUUUCUACCUUUAGGAUGGGCGCUUAUUCGAGGUGGGCGCUAAUUCGAGGUUGGGCGCUUAUUCGAAUAAAUACGGUAUCUAAGCCAUGUAAAGUCUAUAAAUAGAUAAAUAAAUGUAUAUAAAAAUUAAAUAUAUUAAUACAUAAAUGAAUAACUAUUUAGAGGUAGCAUAUCCACAAAGUGGUUCUUUUUGUUCUGGGCCUGGUCGAACUGGAAUUUGGAAAUGUUGGUUUGCGACAGGUUUGAUUCGUGGCUGAUUAAAACGCGCAACAUCGUUCUUUAUCGCGUUUUGCAACAAUAAACAAGUUGCACCGUUAUUUUUUGCACGUUCUACCGUGUCAUUAGGAAGAGAUUUGGAGGUCUAACGAUUUCUUAAACCGCGGCCUAAGACUGUUAGACUUCGUUUAGACAACCCACACAGAAUGUCUUGCUAAGAACAAAUUGAAAACCACACGGAAUAUGCCAAUUUUUAGGUUUAACGUGAGCGUCGCGAAUCAUCUUAGUCCACUACUAAUUAACACUUGUGAAGGCAAAACCACAACGACAAACCAGUGAGGGUCAGCCGGAUCUUUAGUAGACCUGGAUCAGUAAAAUCUUCAAUACCAAAUUUUAAAAUUAAAGCAGUAAACUCAUCGAAAUAUCGGGCAAAUAUAAUUCACCAUUUUAUUUUUGUUUUCUUUCUUUAUUUCUCCUAUCACUCUUCCUGCCGUAAGGUCAGUUUACUGCUCUAAUUUUAAAAUUUGGCACUACUGAUGAGACUGUUUUGGGGUUGCUAUGACUUCUUUUGGUUUUCACGAAGCUGCGCUGUAAACUGGGUCAAAAUUGGUCUCCCCAAAACAGUCCCAACAGUGUCAUUUGGUAUAACACUGACUCAUUUUCAUGUCAAAGUUAAAAUGGAUAAAAAUGACAUAUUCGCCACUUAAGAGACGCCAAGGAAACUGGACCGAGUUAACUUUUGCAAAGACUUCUGGGACUGUUACUAAGGACAGGGAAAAAAUUGGCCAAUAGCUGUCGAGCACGUCCCCAGUAACGAUCCCUGAAUCAAUUGGGCAACCCAUUUCGGCUCCAGUAGCCUUCUCGUUUCUGAAGUGGCGAACGAUCAUCUCUCAACCCAUGUGGCGAACGAUCAUCUCUCGCCCCAUGUCAGGUCAUCCAAGACGUUCUUGGAAUUCUGGAUUCGUUUUUUACGCUGUGGAUUCAGCAUUCCAUUUACUGGAUUCCGGAUUCCUUUCAGUGGCACUUGUUGAAUUCCGGAUUCCAAUUGUCAGCGAUGCGGGAUUCCGGAUUCCUUGAGUUGAAUAACGAAUUCCACAGUCCGGGAUUCCAGAUUCCACCAGCAAAAAUUUCCCGGAUUCCAGAAUCCCGUCAUACUUUAUAUGGGGCAACAUAUCAAAGAGCUCAGUGUGGCCUUAUUGAUUCAUAAGAAACUGACCAGAACCGCUUUUCACAUUUUCUCUUUAAACGCGCGUCAUGUUUGUAAACAUGUUAAUAUUUUUAAUUUCAGUUUCCACGUUAAACUAACUUGCCUAUUAUUCAUUUCUCAGGUUAUAAUGUCCCUACCACCCAGAGUCCAUCCGUCCUGCUAAAAAUUGUUGCGUUGUUUGAUGCUACUGUAAAGUUGAUGGUGCCCUCUCUUGAUCAUGAACUUAACAUAUCCAACUCUAAGGUAUCAUAGCCGGUGUGUUUUUUUCUAUACUGCGCAUGCUUUAUUGUUUCGAGGUCUAAUGCUAAUUUUUGCGUUUUCGUUCUUUGGGUGUUUCUUGGUGUAGCGGAAACCAGGGUUGUCCAAUAUACUAGCACUGUAACGGUGCGUAUAAGCCAUUUUAGGAUCCGUAUGGAUUGCAAAACUCGCGGUCCGUAAAGAGCUGUUUACGAUCCGAAGAUUGCAUCUCAUUGGUGAGACGUAGAAUAUUUCGCGGCAAGAGAGGGUGUGUACGGUUUUUUGAUCCGUACGGAUCGUACAGAUCGCAAACCUCGCGUAUACCGUGCUCUGAUGUAAUAAUGAGAUGCACGCUUCGUAUGUGCUCAGAAUACGAACUGUUAGCAAUGCUGACGGUUUGUACUGAGGAGCGCACGAUCCGUCAACGGCUCUUAACGGUCCGUAACAGUGCGGCAGUAUUGAACAUGACUGGCAGGAGAGGCCGGGAAUCUUGAAUCCACGUUCCACUGACAAGGAAGAGUCCGGAAUCCAAUACCUGGAGUCCAGAAUCCACAGCGUGGAAUCCAGAAUCCUUAUCCGUCUUUGAUUACCUUAUAUGGCGCGACAGGUCAUUUGGUAAUUGCACCCGUCCUAAACAUCGAAAAAAAACCCUUUUUCGGCAACUGGAAAAGUGGAAAAUGUGAUAAAACUUUUUUUUUUUCACUACAUUACAAACCCAAACGACUGAGCAUCUUAUUUGUUGUUUUUCCAUAGAUCAAAGCAGAGUUUGGAUUCCAACCAAGGGACCUGAAAACCACCAUAAUAGACAUGGCAUAUAAUCUGAUUGACUUGGGUUUCAUCAAGGAGACUGAAGAGUACAAAAAGGCCAAGGGAGAAGCUAGUGAAUCUGAAGAGAAGAAGUGCCGAUUUUCAAAGAAAUGAAAAGGAUCAAUCAUGGUUUUCAAAGGGGACGGCAUAAAACAGUUAACCGACUCCGCUUUCACUUUAGUGUAAUCAGGAUCAUAGGUUAGAGAAAAGUACUUAGUAUACGUGUUAAGGUUUAAGGGACGAAAAUACUCAUUGUUAUGGUUACUUGGGGAUUUUGUAGCUUUUACUGACCUGUUUAUAUAUUUAAAGAUAAGUAUGAGAAGAGAAAAGGAUGUUGUUAGCAGACUUGGCAUGACUAUAUUUCCUUGCCGAGACUUUCACAAAAGGAAUCUCGCGACUGUUAAUUCAUUUAUGGCCGAAAGACAAUUAUGUGAUAAUCAUUCAACGGACUUUAUUAUACAUUAUAAUCGCUAUCUGUAUUCGUAUUGGUUAAGAACGUGCAGGUAAUUUGGAAAUCAGUGCAACCUACAGAUUAGUUAGUUAUCUGCGAGCACAUAACUGACUAAUCUGUAGGUUGCGCGCGCAAUGCAUGAUUUCCAAGGGUAGUGUCAAACGUUGUUCCGUGCGAUGGUGUGUCUGUCGUUAUUCCUUUCAUAACAAUAUAUGUAUCAUAAACAAUUAGUAGUUUCGGGUUUUGUGGUAUCCAGAGUAAUCAAGGUCUCGGUAAGUGUUAUCAGCCUUGGCCUUCGGUUCGGGUGAUGGGAAGUAUCGUAUUCCCCUAAGCCUCGCAGCCAAGUAUGAAUUUUAAUAUAUCGGAAUUGGCCUAUUUCAAGCUUGUCCAUCCCCCCGGGGCAUUUGUCGGGCAUUUGUCAUUUUUUCCUGAAACGGCUGCAAAUGCCCCGCGGUAGGGCCGGGCGGUUCAUACAAAACCCCCACGGGUGGGGCUGAGAAGAAAGUUAACUUCUUCUCGGCUAAGUUUAGCAUAACGGUGAAAGGUUGAAAAAAGGGAGCGACGUUAACCGCUUCUAGAAGAAUUGACAAAUGCCCCACGUCACGAAGUGUCGGUCGUAGAAAUUGUUGUCUCACGGAAAUACGGUCUCCUUCCCAGGAGUCACACAAUGGACGGGACGUUGCGUGACUUCAGCAUCGAAGUGGCGGUCGAAGGACUAACCCAUACGAUUACAAACAGCCAAAAUAAAGAAACCACAAAGUCAAUAUCUUAAGAUUUUCCGUGGUCGCUUACCGGAGAUUUCAGAGAUUUGACUAUAUAAUUAAAGGAAGGAAUUGCGAUUGGUUCCAAUCCAUUCCAGUGUUAGCCUGCAUAACCAAGCAGGCGAACGGGUCAUUUUUUCUCCUCCCCUCCUCUCGCGCUUCACGCUCGUUUUGCGCUUCGCGCAAAAUGUCACGUUCGCCUCGCUUAGCUCAUGAGGCGCCCGUUAUGCAGGCUAUUCCAUUGUGGUCAAAUGAAUGUUGUUCAUUUGAUAUUACUAUAGAGAACGGUUUCUUUUCUUUCAUACCAUCUUGAAUAACAAAACAUGCAAACAAAAGAGGUUUCACGGCUGGUGUGACAUGGAGGAGAGGAUCCUGAGAGAACGAGAGGUCAGUCAUCUGGGUCGGUUCAAGUGCUUUACAUUACAACCCGAUUCUCUGGUUGCCUCAAACCAGGUGCAGUAUGUCCCGUGUUCUCGUAACAGGAGCCUCGGGCUUCUUGGCUAUGCAUGUUGUCAAACAACUAGUCGAUUCAGGUGAAUACAUCGUGCGAGGAACCGUACGAAGUCUUGCAAACGACACAAAGGUCAAACCCUUAAAGGAGCUGUCUUCGGAGAAUGACAAAUACCCACUGGAAUUGGUGGAGGCAGAUCUUACAAAGAAAGAAACUUGGGUCGAGUGAGUAGUAAUAAGCAAAGGUUUAGUUAUACCGAAACAACUAAAAAAUAACGCGUAUAAGAACGAACUUCGUUUCGGUGUCAUCUUGACCCCAUUUUCAGGUUCAAAAUGAUUUCUGACAAAACGUGUUUUGGCUGACUGGAUUAGCAUAAAUGAAAUAUGCAAAGUCACCCAAAAGGUUUUGCUCGAAUUGAGUCCUGUUGGAUAUUUAGAGAAGGCGUUAGUUCCCUAAUUAGCAACAUUUCGUGUACUAAACAAACGAACUUGUUAUUGCACUUCUUAAGGACAGAGAACUGUUUGUUUUUCAUGUCAUCUCUUGUUUCUAUACUUUCUGCAGACGUUUACUGACAAACUCAGAAAACCGUGAACACAUGAAAAAUUUCUGGAAUGUUGAUUGUAUCCCCUGGUCAAUUAAAGUAAAGAUCAGGAUACGCAAGCAAACCUCAACACCACAAACUAUAAAGGCCGAUACACACGAGGGGUUUUGCUCCCGUAGCAUGCUCUAGGCUCAUUUUGUACGUGUCAGUACGCACGAGGAAGCGUUUUCAAGUUCGCUCAAUUUGCCCCGGGAGUUUGCUCCCAAAUAUUUAACCUGUUUAAUAUCGUGGAGCAUUUUGCGGGGUGGAAAUUCUGCUCUCGAGGUAACCUGCAGGUUACUCUCGAGGAUGAAGUGUACCCAUGAAAUCGUUGGUACACACGGAGGAGCUUUGCUCCCGGAGCGUGCCCCUGGAGCAUGCUCCGGGGGCAAAACCCCUCGUAUGUAUCGGCCUUAAAUUUACCGUUGCUGUUUGCGGUUUAGUUCGGACGCGAAAUCGAGUGUCGCUAAUCGUGGGUGGUAGGUAGAGGUCGUGAAUCGUGGUUGAGGGUCUGGGUAAAUGGCGUGGGUGAAAAAUGUAUAAGAAAAAAUGAUAAAGAAAGGUAAUUAAAAUAAAAAAUGGAACAAAAAUUUUAAAAGUUAUGGAACGAGAAUCUCCGACUCCUUGAUUGCCCUUUUCACGGCUUCUUAACUUCUUCGGUCCUCUUCCUGAUAUUUCCUUAGCCACGUGGGACUUGGCUCCCCUUUCACAACAUCACUGAAUAAGAGACAUGAAGAUGAAGAUUUAUCCAUACCUGAGCGAUCGCCGGGAAAUAUACGAAACAGUUGUAAAAUGUGUCGAAACGUGCAAUUUGCAGAAAGUAUGGGACAGCUCUGUCUACAUUUCCAAUGAGCUAUCUCAUAGUUUUGGAUAGAAGUCUUUUUCAAAGAAGUUUUAGGUAUUUUAGCUUAGGAGAACCACCUUCACGCUCAAACUUUCAAGUUAAGGCGAGACUGUGUAAAUUUUAUUGCUGUACAGAAAUACAAUUUUCUAGAUUCCUUUUUGUUUGGUUUUGUGUACAAAAUCUUUGCUGUAACAAUUCUGAACAUCAUUCCUUCAACUGAAAGGACGUUUCAGUCACGAAUGUUGACAUCUUUAAGAAAAAGUAGGUCUCCAGUUUUUCUUUAGCCGGCUUCAGGUUUACAUAUUGUACAGAAUUUCUUUUGUUUUUCGCGUGAAUGGCUUUUUAGUGUCCAUUUAUACUAUUUGCUUUGCUGACCGCGAGAAAGGGGAAUAGAACUUGUAUGUACACGGGGAUUUUUGUUUCAUGAAUUUUACAUUUUUUUUUUUUUGGAAAACUUUUUUUUUUUUACCCACGAAUUUACCCACACCCACGACCCACGACCUCUACCCACUACCCACGACCCACGACAUUUAGCUACACUUCUCGCAACACAAUAACAUUCCAUAGACAUUUCUGGUAAUCUUCGGUUGAUAAAAAUAGAGAUUUAAAUCAGCAAAAGAAGCAAAAGAAGCAAAAGCCGAAUUGCAAAGCGAAAUGCAACAAGUCCAACAGUUGCUUGUGGCCCACGAACCGUCUUCUUAAAAUCGAUGCUAAAUUGAGUGUAUAUCAACACAUCAACAAACUACACAUCAGAUACAUUCUUUUUUUCUACAAGAAUAUAUUUUAUAAGAAUAUGAAGGCUGAAAUUUGCAAAAUUUUAAGAAUUUUUCAAGAAUAAACCCGAGGCUGAGAUUUCGAAAAGGAUGAUUAUUUUGAGUGAUGAAAAUCUAAAAAAAUAUGUUUUCAACCGUAUCGAAUUAUUGCUUCCUCCCACGGCAAAACUAUCCAACAAAACGAAGAAACCUGCAUUGGUUAUAGCCAGUGACAGUUCGAUGAACGCUACAUGAAAUACAUUUAAAUAGUCAGGAGCCCUGCUAUAGUAUACAGCAAAAAAAAAAAAAAAAAAAAAAAAAAUGAACAAACUCCAAAAAGGAUACGAUAAAUUCUUUCUUUUUCAAUGAUAAUUCAAGAAUAAUACAAGAAUAUUUUCAGGCUAAAAUCGGCAGAAAAAUAAGAAUAUUCAGCCUGGCCCAGAAAAACAACAUUCUUAUAUUAAAAAGGAGUGUACAAAAAUAAAUAUUUCCUUUGCGUUUAUUUUUGAUUCCAAUAUUUGAGCGACCUCAUGGCAAAUUUUACCGCCAAACAAAUAAUGAAGUAUUGACAGUAUUUUUAUGAUAGUGUCACUGAUUUUUUUGGUCUAAGGCUUUGUUUCAAUAAACUGCAAUUUCAUUCAAGGGCAGCUGUUUUAUUUUAGAGGGGAGAUAUGAAUGUAUGCACUCAACAAAGAUUUAGUAAUUUUUUUCCGCAGGCUUUCAAUAUAACCGUGAAUAUUUCAGAAUAUUUACCUGUUUCAAACGCAGCGGCAAACAAGAAGCCAAAAAUAUCACCAUGCAUUUCACUUUUAGGUCUUAUUGAUGACAAGUAGUAUUGGGGACGACAGAAUGUUAGUUAACAUAUUUCAAUUUUUCUGUCCUUUCACGUGGAAAAUUUAUGCCAAAUUAUGGGGUAACGUUAUGAAGCAACGUUUUCGUUGUUGUGCCUCAGACGUUUUGAAGAUAUAAAAGUGCAAAAAACGGGCCGUGGUUCCCGAAAGCAUGAUUACUGGAGUCAAAUAUAAUAAGACUAUUGAGUAACCAUUGUUAACUGGUGGAGAUGAAAAAAUGGCUCAUCUGCGAAAUUUUCGAAAAUUGAAAAUGAUACAUAGUUGAAAUAAGUAGGUUCCCGGAACUCAGUAGAAUUUGCUUCCCAGCGGAUCAUGUGUUCACUGUUGUUUUGACCUUUCUACAAUGGCCACCUCACUACAAUGGUCAGUUUCUCUGUUCUUAAUAUGGCCGUCGCGGAGAAGCUGGGCUGUAAGGACAGCCCGGGGGGGGUACUUAGGUUAAUUUUUGCUGGGUAUGUGCCGCUGCCUCUCAGAGCACCUACCCCAUUAUAGUCUAUUCUGUGGCCAAUUAUAGACCCCAUCUUAGUUACUUAUGGGCAAAUAUGUAAUUUUCACAAUCCCAACUUAGUCAUUUUCUACCUCAUCAAUCCGUUAAAUAAGUCAUUCUAAAACAUGAAUUGACCCAUUUUUCACCUAUCCCACUCUAGUAACUUUAUUGAAAAUGCGAUCCCAUUAUAGUCAAUCCAGUCGUGAAAAUGCGACCCCAUCCAGCGGCACAUCCCCCUACACCACCUAGAAGAACAGCUAAAAUCAAAACUUCUGAAAAAUACUGAAAAAACUAGAAAUACCAGAUAAUAGCAUGGGCACAUUAUAGAGAUCUUACCUGAAUAGUUUCAGGUAAGCUUUCAAGAAGUUGGGGUAUUCAAGAAAGUUUUAUACUUGGAGGCUCCGCCCCUAAGUUCAACCCGUAACCUUUUUAUAUACCAUAAAAUGCACAGCCAAUUAAAUGCAUCUGUAAGCUCUUAUUUCGGGCCUUUUUACAGACCAAAAUGACACAUUUUCCUAAAAAAUUAACCUUUUAUAUACUUUAACUAGUGAAAUCUCUACCCCGCCUGAAAAAGGUACCCCUUUCGGGCGGAGCUUUUUCGUAUAGGCCACUGAUUAUAAGGAGUACCCCCCGGAAUUUUGAUCACAAAGCACUUUCCGGGUAUUCAAUACGAUGUGUCGUUUGUCACCACUAGGGCUGUUAAAGAUUGUACUUACGUCAUUCACGUCGCGUCACCGUUGCCUACUGGGAAUCCAAGAAAUGAUAUGGAGUUGAUAGGACCCGCGGUGGACGGAACAAAAAGCGUGCUUGAAGCUUGUGCCAAAACCAAGGGCGGAGUGAAAAGAGUCGUGCUAACAAGUUCAUGUGGCGCGAUUAUGGGUAAGAAAACAGGAGCCAUUGACACCUGUAAGGGAAAAGAUUGUCAUAUUGUUACAAGUAUGUUAAUUGCGAGCAAGUCAUUGAAAUGAUUCGUAGCCUCUUAUCUUUAUUUUUUGUUUCUAGCUGGUCGAAUCGGUGAAGAUCAUAUUUUUACCGAAGAGGACUGGUCGUCACUGGAAGGUAGUUCACCGUAUGAGAAGAGCAAGCAUCUCGCCGAGAAAGUAGCCUGGGAACUGGUCAAGGAUCUCCCAGGUUACCAACAAACAUAUAGUACAUAAUCGAACAGCAUUUAUGUUAGAAUUCAUGUAGUAAGGAGAAGCUAUCUUGUAAUCAGCAGUGCCGUAUCCAGACCUUGAGAUAAGGGGCGGGGGUCAUCCAGACCCUUAGAUAAGGAGGGGGCCCUGUCUCAAAUAAAAUUUUUUUCGGCCCUUCGGGCCUCAGUUUGGUCUAAAAAUAAGGGGGGACCCGGGCCCCCUGGGUCGCUCCCCUGGAUCCGCCACUUAUCAGGGCUUCCUCUUGGGGAGUGGAGGUGAGGGGAUAGGAGGAAUGGCAAACGAGCGAUUAAUCUUUGUCGGUUUUGUACGAACUGAGGCGCUAAGCUGGCUCAUGAAGUGCCCUUUCAAACAUCAACGCAAAACCCGGCGCGAAAUCUCAACAGAAGCUAAGUGCCUGGCCAACUACACAGCUGAAAGGAAUCAAUUUUCAGAGACUUGAAUCGUAAAGACUAUCGAAAUCUAUUCCAUAACCACAUAACGAUAAGAAGUAUUGGGCGGUAUCAGGAGCCCAUAUCCCUGGCGGUGUGCCAUCAGCGUAACAUCUGGCCCCAGUUGUUCAAACGUUGGAUAGCGCUAUCCAACGUUUGAACAACUGGGGCCAGAUCUUCAAUUUUUCAUCAUAACAUGAAAUAAUUCGAGCGCGCAGUCAGUCAGUCACAGCAGGUUACAUCCUCGGUUAAAAACUUUCGUCGCGCCCUUUUUCCCAAACGAACCGACCCCCCCGGGUCUCCGAGGAUGAGCAGGGUGUAUGCCAGUAGAGACCCGCUCAGUCACAAAGUUCAUUAUAGUGUUGUACAUCCUAGUUUACUAUAGCAUCAAAAAGACUAGCGAGGAGAUUGCUUCAUUUACCCCUAAAUGGCUGGCACUAGCGACGAGUAAGUCGUUGAUAAUACUAGCCUACGAGCAAGCUCUCCAUUAGCCUGUUCCAGAGUGGGGAAGACGCGAAAGUGAUAGGGACGUCUCGCGGCUCUCUUCGCUUGGCACUUGAAAUGGAGAGCUUUUUCGCAGUUUAUGAUAAUCUAAGCUCCUAUUACAGGGCGUUCAAUAAUUUUUUCCAAUGAACGGUGCAGUGGUGAAAUAGGUGGUAGUGAGUAAAAAGUGGUCUUACUCACCUAGUAGAAUGAGGGGUAUAAAAUCUAGAGCCUGUGAAAUGAAUUGGUAGCAUUUCUGGGCAUCACAACGAGUGCUGUUCAUGAUUUAUGACAAAUGUGUGGCGAUUGGGCUUUAUGAAAAAUGAAGUUACAAGAUUUAUAGUCUUUCGUUCGUGAAUCUUAUGAAUAAGCCCUUAAAAGACCUAAAUAGAUUGUGCUUAAGAGAGUGCUCCUUUUAUUGAAACCCCUCUAUGGACUGUCAUUAUCGUUUGCAGCUUCACCGGCGACUCCUUGAACGAAAGAUACCAAUGGUUCCCAAGUUAUCACUGCCAAUGUGUGACGUCAGAGACGUGGCCGCAGCACACAUCACUGCUAUGACAUCACCCAAGGCGCCUGGUAAGUGGCUGGAGAAAUGUUAACAGUUUCUGUCACCUGUUAUACAGUUAACAGUAGUUUAAAUCAGUAGACCUGAUACCGAUGAUUUAGAAAGCGAGUUCCGAACACCAUUUAAUUUUCGCGGCUUCCGCGCGGCUCGUUCUCGGCACACGCGGACAAAAAUUCCAAGAAAAACGCCUGGGACCGAAUCGUCAACAUGAUAAUGAAAAUAUUUUGCUUUGGCAAGAACAUUUCAGCCAUGUACCUUGUUCAAAUUGCAUAAUUCUCAUUCAAUAUCGAUGUAAUAAAAUAGAAGAAACCAAAUAAAAGCGGCAUCUACUCUUUCAGCAAACCCACGUGACGUCAAAUCUUGUUCCCCAUGUUUCAGCAAUAGAGACCUUUAAAUUCGAAGACCAGGACGACUACGAGUAUGAGAUUGGACUUAAAGUUUUUUCGCGUAUUCUCAAAAUAGACUCCCCGGAAAGCUUCAUUUUACCAUUUUUCACAAGAAAAGUUAGCACUGUUAUCUUUAGUGAAGGAGAUUACGUCCCCUUCCGAUCGCAAAAUGAUAAAACUUCUAACAUUUGAUAACUUGUUUUCGCCAGUUCGACAUUCUCACUAAGACUCGUAGUAGAAUGACGACGGCUACCACGUUUUCCUGCCAAAAUGACGCUGGUUCUCGCGCGAGCACUACUUAGUAUUGAGAAAAACUCGUACACAUAGUCGUACUCGUCUUAGAAUCUAAAGCUCUCUAAUUUAAGAUGGAACAUGGUGCCCCAACUCAGCGGCUCACUCAUCCUCAUUGACAUUAUUCCUUUACGGACUUUUGCUAGGAAACAGAUUCAUCUCAAUUACAGCUUCCAUGUGGAUAGUUGACCUAGCAAAGAUCCUGAAUGAGGAAUUUCGACCUCUUGGUAAGUGACAAAUAGAAUAACAGCAGGAAAUAACAUACGAUGAGUAUACGAUACCAUGUAGUAUAUAAAUUUAGCUAGGGCUAAAGGCGAAGCUCACGUUGAAAAAUUUAUAAUUUACUUCAAACAAACUUAAACUUGUAACUAUUGCAAAGAAGUCUACUUAGAGUUGAGCCUGCAAUCAGUUGAAAAUUAGUAACUUGUCACGGGAGAACUUCAAAAAACACGUAACCUCGAUGGGUGACACCUGAACCCGCGUUACGGUCAAGUGAUACUGGUCAGCGGAUUCCCUGACUUGACAGCUGUCAAUUGACCACAACAUGGCUGUGCAAUAUCAAGUUGCGGCUCCCACACUGGCUAGAAAGUGUGACAUUUCACAUUGGCUUCCCUGUGGUGCGAACGAAGGGCCGGGACGGGCGGACGUAAAAUCACGUGUCAACCAAAACUUCUCGGAUAGAUAAACAACCAAAUUUUCUUAGCUAUGGGGCUCCGUUCACGUGCGCUUGGUGCUUCGCAGCAAAAUGCUUUGAUCUGAUAUCAAACACUCCCAACAAAAUUUUGAUAGCCUACCAGCAGGCUCACUUGUGUGAGUUUGGGAAAAAUUUUGGCGGCAGAACGUUUCCUCGCGCAAUGGCGGAUCCACCGCCAAAAUAUUCCGCGAUUUUUUUUAUUGAUAUCAUGCUCGCUCGUCAGGUCCAGAGGAAGCGUGUUCCAGAACUUGGCUCCGCUGAACCUGAAGGAGCCCUGGUACUUAGUUGUCCUAGCUAGCGGCAGAGGGAGCAAAUCUCUAUGGCGCGUGUUAUAUGAAUGGAAAUCGCGCGAGUGGCUAAAUUCAUUGAAUAAGUGUGCUGGAGCCUGCUCAGGCUACAUUUUCUUAAUAAGGAAAUGCUCGGAGAACAGUUUAGAAAAUUUACUGCAGUCGAUAUCGCGAAUAGGGUCAAGCAUGUAAUACUUCCGCUUUCAAAUUCGACGUCAAAGUAACUGUUCAUUUCAUUUCUCAGGCUACCGUGUCCCACUACUCAGUGUCCUAACGUUCUACUUAAAAUUGGAGCGAUGUUUGAUAAACCUUUGAAGAUGGUGAUACCCUGGCUUGACGAAGAGAUGAGGUUGGACAACUCGAAGAUAUCAUAACUAGCGCAUUUUUGUGUCCCGUGUGGCAAUUUAUUUUUGGGGAUAUUUUCGAGCGCUGCGUUAACAUAUAGUGGUAAUAGGACUGAGUGGAGUCCAGACCGGUCUGUAAUCAUACGAGUGAUUGACAAAAGCGGGAGUCCGAUUCGUUUUAUCACGAGUAUGAUUACAUACCGAAUUGGACGACACUAAGUUCUGUUACCAAUUAAUCAUAACCAUAACAAAAUUGGUGAUAUUUUAGGCUUUUUAAAAUUACGACAAAAGAAAUUCCGAGAAAUUUUUCAUUAGCAGUGAAAACAGCCAUUUAAGUGCGCGCGUACUGUCCAAUUACUUAGGCAUGAUGCGUACCGGUCCUAUUACACUGUCCUAUUAGUGCUGAAAUCAGGACAGUUGAUAGCCAAUCAGAUUUGAAAAUUUUGUUGUAGUUAUGAUUAAAGUAAUAAUGCUAAUGGUAAUGUUGAUGAUUACGAUGAUGAUAAUGAAUAAUGACAAUAAUAAUUUAUAACUCGCCUUUUCCAUUCAGAAAUGAUAAAAGCGCCGUACAAAAAUGCUAAAUAUGUAAAAAUUAGAUGAUAAAACCUGGAUUAAAAGUACUUCAAAGUGUAAAUGAAACACUGAAUACAGUUCCUGGAUCCCGAUACAGUAGAUAGAACCUCGAUAUAACGUACCUUUUUAUAACGAAGUCCUCGGUAAAACGAACGAUUUUCUUUACCCCAGUAAUAGUAAAAUUUUAUGAGGAAAAGAACCUCGUUAUAACGAAAACUUCGUUAUAGCGAACACAUUUUUCCCGUUCCUUAGCCCUUGGUUAUAUCGAGGUUCCUCUGUACAUUAUGGGGCAGUUAUUUCAACGAAGUUUAGCCAGUGUUUAACAAAACCGCGUUUUAAGCCACUUUCAGUUUGCCGAACGCUUUUAUGUAAACGCCAUUUAUCGUGAACAGUUUCAUUGGAGCGUAUGAAGUAGACAAGAAAAGCAUUUGUCUUCUUAAAAGAACCCAGUAAGGAAGAGAUCUGGAAGUCCAAAGAUUUCCUAAACUGUGGCCUAAGUUGAACUUCGUUUAAAUAACCGACCCAUAGUGUACAAAUCAGUUCCACAAUCUAAGAAUAGCAGGUCGGGACCGAAGCACACUGUUGCAUUUAUUUAUCUCUACGGUGUAUCUCUACCAUUAGCCUGCGCCGAAGACAUAACUAAACUUCUGGUUAAGUUCGUCUGCGAUACAGCUCCGAAAUCCUUGUUCUGGCCCUCACCUUUUAACCAGGCUUUGAUUACCGGCCAUGAUUGGCCUUUUAAAAAUCAGGAUCUGUAAAAAUGCGAUUGUCCAUUUGCCAGUCAGGUUAAAGAGAAAUUCAAAACGCAUUUCUGGCAACUCGCCGUGUCUGUUAAGGGGCCCAGGACAAGGAUAUAUGCACCGCUUCGCAGACGAUACUAUGAACUGGGGUUAGAUUAGCCUCGUUCCCAGUCAUCCUCGGCGAUUUCGGAUGUGACGUCACCUGUCAAGUUUGUCGGGAAAUUUCGCGCUCGGUUCCAAGGCUCCCCUUGUAACUCGGAUAGCGCGAACUGCCCUGGGUACGAGGCUGGUGUUAGAUUACGUCUGCUAUGUGUGCGACAGGAUUCGAUUCAAUAUGUAAAGAAAACCUUUAUGACCCACAAUCCUUUGCGUCGUUCUGAAGAAAGGCAGUCGCUCGAAACGUAGUCAGCUUUUGAGGGCGUGGUUGCCUUUGACAGUAAGCGGCCUUUCUAAAUUAUUUUUGUUCUAUUGUAGAUCAAAGCAGAACUUGGAUACCAACCAAGAGACCUGAAAACCAGUAUAAUAGACAUGGGAUAUAGUUUGAUUGAUAUGGGUUUCAUCAAGAAGACUAAAGAAUACGAGAAAAUGAAGAAAGAGACGAGUGAAUCUGGAGAAAAAAGUGCCCUGUAACAAAGCCUUGAUAGGGACAGGCAAGCGAAUUUCAGGAUUUGAACUUGAAACUUUCCGAGAUCGAAACAACGAUUAUUACUGGGCCAAACAGCUGCUGGUUAGUCUACGGUAGUGGCCACUGUAAUAAAUUUUGAAACGUAUACUGAGGCAUAGAGAAAAAAUGAACUUACGAAAGUACUUAAAAUCACGCCAGAUAUAGUAAUUAAUCCGUCGGCAUAGCGGACAGUAGCGCCUUUAAUGGCUCAGUCAAUUCUAAGCGUGCCCAUACCCCCGGGCAUUUGUCGGGCAUUUGUCAUUUUUUUUUCUGAAAUGGCUUCAAAAGCCCCACGGUAGGGCCGGGCGGUUCAUACAAAACCCCCACGGUGGGUCUGAGAAGAAAGUUAGCUUCUUCCCCACUAAUUUUGACGUAACUGUGAAAUACUAGAAGAAUUGACAAAAGCCCCACGCCCCGCCGGGAAGACGUUUUCUGACAAAGUUCCCUCCGCUGGCACCGACAAGAUGCCUGACAAAUGCCCAGGGGGAUGACCACGCUUGGAAUUAACGGAGCCAUUAGAAUUGUGAUAUUUAAGUUUAAAAACUUCCGCGGACGGUACUUGUGAUGCCUUUGUACUUUAGCAAUGAAAACUGUGAACAAGACUGCAACAGUACUGCCUUGAGGUGCGAUAGGACGACCUCGUAAACCACUUUUCUUAGACUGUUUCAGUUGCUUAAAUUAUAUGAUAAUUUUGUGUGUUCUUCUUUUUUCAUAAAUCAUACAUUAGUCAGAGUGAAAGCGUCGAUCGGCGUUAAGAAACAAAGUGAACUCGAAAAUAAGGCACGUAAAAUUAUGUUAUGUUAAAUUUUGAUGCCUCUAUUGUUGCCGCUUUAUACUUUUUUUUUCUUUUGAAGAGGGACGCUGAGUAAACAGGGACAUUUGUUAACACUAAAAAGCAAUAAAAGCUAAUUUGGGAAAAUUAAUAAGACUCACAAGGACUCCUGUGAAAGACGCACUAAGGGUAGAGACGGUUCCCCAAUGUCCCUCAGCUUCUGCUUCCUUGAUGCAAUGCACUCUUGUCAGAUGAGGAGGAGCUGGUAACGAGUCUCCUUCGGAAGUACUUGACUGCGCUUUGUCCGUGGAAACGGGAGUAAGGAAGAGUUUUUUGAUAGGAGCAAGAAAGGAUAGCAGGAGCAUCAUAGAGGCUUGGUCAAGAUUCUUUUAUUGUAUCGUGUGUAUACUUUCUCUAGUCGACUCCCUCUUUAAUAACACCCCAUGGGGUACUCCCUUUUAUUGCCUAUGGGGAGAGGCUCCGCUCGAAAGGGGUACCUUUUUCUGGCGUCUGUUAUAUGAAAGGAUAAGGAUUUCACGAGUUGAAUUAUAAGUAUAUGAAAGAUAAAGGCUUUUAGUUAAAGAGUAACAAACAUACGCAUCUUUUGGCCUGUGAGGAAGUUGUCAAGAAAACUUCUCGUUCAAGUGAUUUAUUCAUGCCAGCCUUUAUAAAAGGUGUCAAUCUUUCUGAGAAAAUCCACUUUUGGGCACAAAACAACCAAAUCUGGCCAUAAACUGUCAAAUCAGGAGAAAAAAUCGGCAAAAGAUGUUUUUUUCUUUUGAAUAAAAAGGGAUGCAAUGUUCUUUUGACGGUAUGUGAAAGGGACCAUUUGUCAGUCUUACUGUGACUAAACUCUCUGUAAGUCCGUCAUCUCUCUGAGACAGUUGAGGCCUAUCACGAAGUGUCAGCCGUAGAGAGUGUUGACUCGAAACACGGUCUCCAUUCCAGCAAUCACGCAACGGACAAGACGUUGCGUGACUUCGGCUGAAGCUGACCCUUACAAACAGCAAAAAUAAAAGAAACCACCAAAUCAUUAUCGUGACAUUUUCCAUGCUCGCUUACUGGAAAUUUCUGAGAUUUGACUAUAUAAUAGAAGGAAGGAAGUGCGAUUGGUUCGAAUCCAUCCAGUGUUAGCCUGCAUAACAGGUACUUUAUGAGUCAAGUGAGGAGAACGCGUCAUUUUUUUCCCUCGCCCGUAGUCCCACGCUUCACGCUCGUUUUGCGCUUCGCGCAAAAUGCCGCGUUCGCCUCGCUUGGCUCAUGAAGCGUUCUUUGUGCAGGCUAUUCCAGUGAUACAGUGAUACAGAACGGUUUCUUUUCUUUUCAAUGAAAAGAAAAAGGACCCCAUAUCAUUUUAAAUGUGGCAUGUGCGAAAACAAAACAUGUUUCACGGCUGGUGUAACGUGGAGGAGAGGAUCCUGGGAACGAGAGCUGAGUCAUCUUCGGUCGUCGCUUCACAAUACACCGAUUCUCUGGUUGCCUCAAAUUAGGUGCAAUAUGUCCCGUGUUCUCGUAACAGGAGCCUCGGGCUACUUGGCUAUGCAUGUUGUCAAGCAGCUAGUCGAUUCAGGUGAAUAUAUCGUGCGAGGAACAGUGCGAAGUCUUGCAAACGAGACAAAGGUCAAACCCUUGAAGGAGCUGUCUUCGGAGAGUGACAAAUACUCACUCGAAUUGGUGGAGGCAGAUCUUACAAAGAAAGAAACUUGGGUCGAGUGAGUAAUAUAGUCCUUAAUUCACAUCCUAUUCCCUUGUAAUCUCUUGUUUAUAUCAUUUAUCCAGAUGUUAAAUGGCCUGCCUGGGAAUAUUUGCUGAUCCUUUGUAAAUAGAGACGGAGUUAAAAUCAGCAUUUAGUAUCGUCACGCAACACUCGCGUGACGACACUAAAAACGGCUGUGUAGCAGGCUAGAAUGCAAAGACAAUAAUUACGAAAUGCAACAGGUCCAACAGUUGUAGCCCACUAUAGACCGUCUUCUAUAGAUCGAUGCUAAAAUAAGUUUUUCAACACAUCAACAAGCUACACAACAGAUACAACUUAGCGAGAUUACAUCAUCGAAUAUUUAAAUAAAUUUGUGUCCUUGGCGUUUAUUUUCGAUUCCUAUAUUUGAGCGACCUAAUUAUCCCUGUGGCAAAUUUUACCAUCAAACAGAUGAUGAAGUAUUGACAGUAUUUUCAUAAUCUCAGUUUCACUGAAUUUUUGGUAUAAAGCUUUGUUAUAAAAAACUGCACUUUCAUUCACGGGCACCUGUUUUAUUUUAGCGGGGAGAUGUGAAUUCAAUAUUUCCUCAACAAAGAUUCAGUCAUUUUUUCCGCAGGCUUUCAAUAUAGGGCCGUGAAUAUUUCAGAAUAUUUAUGUGUUUUAAACGCAGCUGGCAUUCAAAAGCCCAAGAUAUCGCCAUGCAUUUCACUUUUAGUUAUUAUUACAAAAAGCAUUCUUGGGGAAGACAGAAUGUUAGUUUACAUAUUUCAGUUUUUCUGUCCUUUCACGCAGAAAAAUCAAUUAAGAGUACAAUAGUUAUGAAGCAACAUUUUCUUGUUGUGCCUCUGACCCCUUCCACCUCCUCCCUCGCGCGUGGUCUCGCGCCCUAAUUCCCUUCUCCUCCCUUUCGAACGCCUGCCACGCAGGCUAGAAGAUCGACGUUUGUUCUGGAAACGAUCUUCAGACGUUCUCUCCAUCUGAAGCAGACGGAUAGAACGUGUUGGACGAUCCAAAAUCAUUCAGAUGAACUUAGCUGAGCCAGACGUUGAUCUUUUCAUGAACUUAACUCAAUAAGUUUCGUUCGUCUCAUGAAACGUUUGGUCUAGGCGUAAGGUGGUUCCGUGUGCCGAACGGAACAUCCUGAACACGCACGAAUUUCCAAUCGGUCGAAAAUUAGGGUCAUUAUACGUCUCAGGGAAACUGCCCACCUACCCCUCCCCUAAGCUAACAUAAAAACUUGCUUCUGACUUAAAGCAAAAUGUUGGUUCAGGGGAGGGGUAGGUUGGCAGUUUCCCAGAAACGUAUAAAAUUAGUCCGGUGCCGUGUGAAGGUAGCUUCGUCUUUGUCACGUGACUAGGGCUGUUAAAGAUUGCACUUAUGUCAUUCACGUUGCCUCACCGUUGCCAGCUGGGAAUCCAAGAGAUGAUAUGGAGUUGAUAGGGCCUGCGGUGGACGGAACAAAAAGCGUGCUUGAAGCUUGUGCCAAAACCAAGGGUGGAGUGAAAAGAGUUGUGAUGACAAGCUCUUGUGCUGCGAUUAUUGGUAAGAGAACAGGAGCUAUUGACCCCGGGAGGGCAACCCACCCUAUGGAGCGAGAGAGGGCGGGUAGGAGAGAACCCUGGGAACGAAGUUGCCGGGAGGGUACUCCUUAUAAUGGCCUUUACAGGGAAGGGGUAGGGGUAGGGGUAGGGGUUUCACUUGUUGUUGUAAGGGAAAUCUGUCAUUUCGGUAUCUAAAAAGGCUUGAAAGAGCUAACAGAUGUACUUAAUGGCUGUGAAAAAGUCGAGUGCAUUUGCAGCAGUUAAAGGGGAUGCAAAGUUCUAAACUAGGUAUUUGAAAGGGGGAACCAUUUUUCAAUAUAAGGUAUACGAAAAUGUCAAAAAUGGUGUAUAAAAAAGCAAGGAGUUGGACCUCGGGGCGGAGCCUCCCUGUACAUUGACCCCUGUAACAGAAUAGAUUGUCAUAUUCUUACAAGUGGGUGAAUUGCGAGCAAGUCACUUAAAAUGAUUUUGAGCCUUUUUUUUGCAGCUGGUCGAUACGGUGAAGAUCAUAUAUUUACUGAAGAAGAUUGGUCGUCAUUGGAAGGCAGUUCCCCGUAUGAGAAAAGCAAGCGCCUUGCCGAGAAAGCAGCCUGGGAGCUGGUCAAGGAUUUGCCAGGUUACUAAUAAACGCAGUACAUGAACUAACAGCAUAGAAGGGUUUCCCAUCGGGUGCAGGGUGGAGCAGGUAGAUGCGUGGCAAACGAGCGACAGAUCUUCGUCUCUUUUGCGCAAACUAGCCUGUGCCAGAUUCUCAGAUGGUAGGGACGUCGCGAAAAUAAAACAAGCCAAGCGAAAAUAAAACGCGCGUGAUCUGGGGAAAGAGGGCGGUGGCGGGGAAAGUAGGAGAGAUCCAGUGCCCUCUCUCUCCCCAGCCCCCCUGCGCGUUUCUCCCAAAACGGUCUACCACUACCCGACUGGUGCACUACUAUCUUUCAGCAUGCAGCAGGCUAUCCGCGAACUGAAGCACUUAACUGGCUCGUGAGGUCGCCGCUUAAACGUCAACCGAAGCCCGGCGAGCGACGGAUCUUCGUCUGUUUUGCGCCAACUAAAGCGCUUAGCUGCUUCGCGAAGUCCCCGAACAAACAUCAACGGAAAACCCAGCGCGAAUUCUCAGCAGAAGCUAAGUGUCUGCCCGCAGGCUAGCUAACUGUACCGCUGAACGGAAUCGAUUUACAGAGACUUGACUCGAAACUUAUGCCAUAACCACAUUGCAACAAAACGUAUUGGGCGAUGUGCCGUCAGCGUACAUCUAGUCUUCAAUUUUUUGUCAUAAAAUGAAAUGAGAAAAUCAAAUUUUUGAAAAGACUAUUCGAACGGUUACUGUUUUCGACAAAUAUCUCUUCCCUUUUUUAGUGAGCCUUGUUUUCUUUUUCGUCUUACAAUUGUACAAAAGCAAGACAAAAAACCGCACUCCAGCAACUGAAAUUAACUUCAUAGCAUAAUUAAGAGCUUGUUCUCCCUCGUGACCCAUUCAGUGCUAAAUUUGUUCAUUCAAUUUUCUCUCAGAUGAUGAAAAGUUUGAGUUAUGUACCAUCAAUCCCGGACUAAUUCUUGGACCAGUAUUGCAUGGCUCGAAUUGCGCUAGUAUGGAGGUACGUAUCAGUUACCUCCCUUUUGAAUGAGUCCUGUAAGUUAACAGAGACGCCCUCAGUCACAGCUGGAUGUAUCUCAGUGAAGACGGCGCUCAGUCACUAGACUACGAGUAGUCCCCAUUUUCCCUCAGGGAUAGAAUAGCGAGCGAAACGCGAGCGCGCGUGAAAAUCACCCCAGGCGCGUCUCACCUUUCUCGCAGGGGUUAUUUUCACGCGCGCUCGCGUUUCGCUCGCUCUACUAUCCCAGAGGAAAGAUAGGGACUACUCGUAGUCUAUUCAGUCACAAGGUUCAUUAUAGAGUUACAUCUUAGUUUCUAUGCCAUCAAGCACCUAGUGUGGGCAUUUUAUUGAAACUCCUCCAUGGACUGUUAUUAUCGUUUGCAGUUUCACCGGCGACUCCUUGAACGACAGAUGCCAAUGGUUCCCAAGUUAUCACUGCCAGUGUGUGACGUCAGAGACGUAGCCGCGGCACAUAUCGCUGCUAUGACGUCACCCAAGGCGCCCGGUAAGAGUGGCUUUUAAGCCGACAUUUGGACGUUUUAAUGACAGUGCCCUGGAUAAUAAACUUCCCGAUAUUAACACUGCAAACUAGGACUGCUUGCGGUUUUUCCAUUAUAUUCCACUCGCGACAGGCUAUUUUAUUUUGCAAAAGCCAAAGUCUUAAACUGCACCCUUUUUUGAACAUGCGAAAUUCUAGCUUUGUGAUAUUUCUCGUCAACAUGAUUUGCUUUGCCAAAACAUUUCAGCUACCUACCUCGUUUAAGUAUUGCAUAAUCCUCAUUCAAUAUCGAUGAAAUAACAUAGAAGAAGCCAAUUUUAACCGGUGUCUACUCGAGAUUCUACUGAGCGAGCAGGUCACCUCUUUCAGCAAACGAAAGUGACGUCAAGUUUUGUUCCCCAUGUUUUAGCAAUUUUUGUUUGAACAUGACAUUAACACAUAUUCCUUGCACUUUUCUUAGGUAACAGAUUCAUCUCAAUUACAGCUUGCAUGUGGAUAGUUGAUCUAGCAAAGAUCUUGAAUGAGGAAUUUCGACCCCUUGGUAAGUGAAAAAUAGAAUAACAGCAGGAUGUAACAUACGAUGUGUAUACGAUACCAUAUAAAUUUAGCCAAGGCUAAAGGCGAAGCUCCCGUUCAUAAUUUAUAUUUUUUUCGAAUAAUAAGCUUGUAACCCUUUCAAAAAAAUCCACGUAGAGUUGAGCCUGCGAUCCAUUGAAAUCUACUAACUUGUCAGCGGAGACCUUCAAAAACACGUAAUCUCGAUGGGUCAACACCUGAACUAGCGAUACGGUCACGUGAUACUGGUCAACGGAUACCCUGUUUUGACAGCUGUCAAUUGACCACAACAUGGAUGUGCAAGAUCAGGUUGCAGGCUCCCUCACCGGCUAGAAAAUGUGACAUUUCACAUUGUAUUCUCUGUGGUGUGGACGGGGAGGCGUACGGUCUCAUGUUAACCAAAAGAUAGAUAACCAAAUUUUCUCAGCGAAAAAGAGAAGUACAUAAAUAUUAAAUUUUUCGCGCUUCGUAGCAAAAUGCUUUGAUCUACUAUCAAACAGUCCCAACUAAUUUUUUAAGGAAAUGUAUGGAGAUUAGUUUAGAGAGUUUAUAAGUGGAUAUCAGGGCAAGGGUUAAGCAUGUAAUACUUCUGCUUUCAAUUUCGACGUCAAAGUAACCGUUCAUUUCAUUUCCCAGGUUAUCGUGUUCCUACAACUCAGUGUCCUAACGUUCUACUUAAAAUUGGAGCGAUGUUUGAUAAACCUUUGAAGAUGGUGAUACCCUGGCUUGACGAAGAAAUGAAGAUGGACAACUCGAAGGUACCAUAACUAGCGCAUUUUUGAGUCCCAUAGGGCAAUGAAUUUAUUUUUAUGGGUAUUUUCGUAAGCCAUGGUAAUAUAAGUGAUAAUGGUGAUGAUGAUGAUGACGAUCAUUUUGAUAGUAAUGAUGAUGAUGAUGAUGAUGACGACGAUGACGAUGACGGCGACGGUGACGGUGACGGUGACGAUGACGAUGACGAUGACGAUGACGAUGACGACGACGUUGACGGUGACGAUGACGAUGACGGUGACGGUGACGAUGGCGAUGGCGAUGGUGAUGAUGAUGAUGAUGAUGAUGAUGAUGAUGAUGGUAAUGAUGGUGAUGAAUAA